AUGCUUGUUUGUUUGUGUGUCUUGUUUAGUGUUGAUCAUGAUGAAGCUGGAGGGCACAGAUCAAUUGGACAAUGGCCAACAACAAAGGAGAUUCUUGGUCCACAUGAUGAGCAGCCAGCAACGACGUUCCUCCGAAAGUGGGAUAUAGUAUUUACGAUAUCAUGUGUAUUUGCUGUCUUCCUUGAUCCUGUAUACCUUUACGUUUCUGUCGUAGAUGGGGCCCGUGCGUGCUACCAUGUGGACCUAUACUUGUUGUGCUCAAUUGUGGGCUUACGAUCCGCCCUAGAUCUCUUUUAUGUAAUGGACAUUGCCAUAUUUUGUGGUCGGCGAAUUCGUAGCAAGCCUAAUGCUAAGACAUCAUUUAAGGCAAGAACCAUCCUAGUGCUAAGGCAAUUUGUUUCAGCUCGUGGUUUUCGUGCUUAUCCCAUUCUACAGCUAUCACCAUCCUCUGUUCCACUAUAUGUGCUUUUUCUUCCGGCCCAAUAUACACUACGGAUUCAUCACACAUACAAGCUUCUCAAGCGGUGUACUGACAUAGAAACUAAAAUAGGAAGAUGGCUUAAUGCUAUAUUGGAUUUUCUUCCCUUCAUCCUUGCUGCUCAUCUAUACGGAGCCUUGUGGUACCGUCUUUCUCUUCAACGAGAGGUAGAUUGUUGGGGGCAUGCCUGUCACGAUAAAAGGGUGGGAUGUGAUCUCCCUCAAACAGGUUAUGAUUUCUACUGUGAUACUGAGAUUUACUUCCCCAAUUUGCAUCUCAAUAUCACGCAUAUAAAGGCAUCAUGCCCUAUAAAUCCACCAGAUGCAACUAUCUUCGAUUUUGGUAUAUUUCUCUACGCUCUUCAGUCUAACAUGACCAGGUCAACGUCUAUUCCACGAAACAUGUUUCAAAGUUUCUGGUGGGGAUUGCGCAAUCUGAGUUCUUUUGGUUCAAACCUCCAGACUAGUCUCUAUUGGGUGGAAAUCCUUUUUACGAUUUUGGUAUCUAUAAGUGGAAUAGUGCUAUUUUUAAUAUAUCUCAAUACAAGGAUACAGAUGUCACGACAAAGAUCAAGUCAGCAUAAAUUGAGACGAAAGAUGCAGAUGAUGAAUCCAUCUAUAGAUUUAUGGUUGUCUAAAAACGCCCCUUAUGAUAAGAAUUUGAAGAUGGUCAUCAUGAAAAACUUAAACCGAAAAGUUGAAGAAAACAAAGAAGUUGAUGUGGAGAAUAUUCUCUCUCUUGUUCCUCUUAUAUACCGAAGACGUAUUAUGUGGCUUCUCAGUUUGAAUUUACUACAAAAAGUCCCAAUGCUGGAAAAUAUGAAUGAAAACGUGUUGAAAGCAAUCUGUGAGCAUCUUCAGUUGGUGAAGUAUAGCGAAGACAAGUAUAUUUUUCGAGAGGGAGAACCACUUGAUAAGAUGCUCUUCAUCACCCAAGGUACGGCAUGGUCAUACCCAACCAAUGCAAGUGGUUCCUCAGCGUCAGCGAUCAAGUGUCUUGUGAAAGGUGACUUCUACGGAGAAGAGCUUCUAAAUUGGGCAUCAAAAUUGAGCUCUUUUUCUGAAUUUCCCAACUCAACCAGAAUUGUCAAGGCCCAUACGAAAGUUGAAGCAUUUGCCAUCAGAGCCAACAACUUGAACAUUGUUGUCUCCAGAUUUUGGUGGCAUUUUAAGAACAGGCUCGGUCAUAUAGAGGAGGUGGAGCAUCUGCUAGCUUGUAGGAUGCAAGCAAAUUGGCGCCGUCGUCAUGCAAGGCCUGUCUAG